UGAAAUAAUUGCUAAUCGUUUACGUCUUGAGGAAGAACAAAAACAACAACAUUUAAUAAAACAACAAAAACCUGACACUGAUUUCCAAACUGCUUCAAUUAAGAAACCACCUGCUCCAGCACCUGAAAGCAAUACGGAAAUAACUUAUAUGAGUAAUCCACCAGUUACUUCUACCUGUUUGGGAUCUUCUGGAGCUCCUCAAAAUGUUACUAGUAGCCAUCCUCAUCCUACAUUAACUGAUCAACAACAAAGAACUCAAUAUGUUAUUGCUAACAAUCCAAGAUAUGCACCGGGUCCAAUGUCAAAUAAUUUCUGUGGUCAGAGAAUCAACAAAAAUACAGCAGCUUUGAUUGCAGAUGCAGCACAUUUGAACAAAAUCGACAAGAAUGCACCAAAAAAUGCUGUUGCUACAAAUAUACCCCUAAGAACAUUGAAUCCUCCUAAAUUUGGUUUAAAACUGCCUGUUUGGCCAAUAUCUCCAAUCCUUUCAUUUUAUCGGCCUCAAAAUCAAGAAGUAUCUCAACAACAACAACGUGGAAGAUGUGAUUCACCUGAAGCCUCAAAAACAAAUGACGAUUAUGCUUCAAUGAUUCAAGGAGAAAUAAAUUGUGGAGCACAAUUCGAUGAUGGAUUAGCUAUGCUUCAAAAUCAACAUCAACAACAACAUUUAUUAAAAAGCAAGGUUACUUCUCCUUUAGGCACUGGAAAGUAUUCAAAGGAUUUAAAAAAUGAUGUGAAUAUGUCAAAUAAAUUACCACAACAACCCUUAACAACAAAUACAACAAAACCUCCUCCACCACCAAAACAUCAAUUUCCAUCAGAAUUUUUAACGUUACAAUAA